CUUAAAAGAGUUUUUGUAUGUUGUCGGUAGCUAGCUAGGUUCACUAAAACUGUUGAUAAGUAUAAUUAAUAUCACAUAAUGGCUGGAAAAUUAACAAAAGGAAAAUUAAUAGCAGUUAUUGGAGAUCAGGAUACAUGCACUGGUUUUCUGUUAGGAGGUAUUGGUGAAGUCAACAUGAAACGUCAAAAGAAUUUCUUUGUUGUAACUAAAGAUUCAACUAUUCAUGAGAUUGAAGAAGCAUUCAACAAGUUUGCUGCUCGACAAGACGUUGCUAUCAUUCUGAUCACGCAAAAGAUAGCUGAGGAAAUACGUCACGUGAUAGACAAUCAUUUGGCACCCAUACCUACUGUCCUGGAAAUUCCGUCAAAAGAUUUUCCAUACGAUUCAUCAAAAGAUUCAAUAUUAAAAAGAGCCAAGGGAAUGUUCAGUGCUGAUGAGUUGCGCUAAGAAAAGUCUACAAUAUUCAUCAUAAGAAGUUUUUCUAAUUUAUUUUUUGUUGAUUAACAUUCUGGUAACCACUUCGGGAAAUUUAAAAUGAAAACAACUCAAUGAGCAUGCUUCCAUUUGUUAGUGCAAAAAGGUAUGAUAGCAAAGCUAGAUAAAACUGCUUCUUUAAAUUAGUUCUUCAUGUUUAAAAACUAAACAUUUAUUUGAAGCGUUACAAAAGAGUUUCGAAAAGAAGCAUUAUUUUACAAUGCGAGAAAAAUCCUUAUCUGUAUCAACUAUUUCGUCAGUACAGUUAACUCCUGAUAUCUCGAAUCUCCAAGGGACUAAGGAAAAUAGUUCGACUUAACAAAUUUUCGAGUUAAGUCGAACUAUAAACAACUUGUGUUAAGUCGAAUUAGUCUAGAAUGACCUCAUUCUAGACUAAUUCGACUUAACGGAAGCUUCAUUUUAGUUCGAGUUAAAGCGAUUUUCUCAGAAAAUGGGUCAAGUACCGAAAAACGGGUCGAGUUAACGAAUGUACGAGUUACCCGGUGUUCAAGUUACUGGGGUUGAGUGUAUUACAUAUUAACUGGUGUUAUAGACAAAAUAUACUUGAAGUCACUUUUUUACGUACAAUUCAUUAUUACUACGUUUAUUUACAUAUCAAAAAUUAUAUAUCUGCAUUAUUAAAUAUAUAACUUAUAUAAAAUACAAA